AUGCUUGGCAUCUCAAUAUCACCACUGGCGGAAAAUGAAACCGAGAACCCGACGACGGCGAAGCAGCAGAGAAAAGAAGACAAAACGGCAAUCGGACCAUCAUGUCCAGGCCAACCCUCGAGCCCCGCCAUUCGACUCGCGAGCACCUGGAGUGCGAAGGAGAUGCCGAGCGUUCAAACAGAUCGCUAUACCAUCAACACGCGUGAUACUCUAGGUGGGGGUACAGAUAUUAUGAUCACGGACAUUGAGAGGGAGAGGCCUGCGCGUGGUCCGAAUCGAGCUUUUACAAAUGGUACUGAUACCUCGACUGAUGGAGAGUCUGAGAUGGAGAAACUCAUACUCGUCACAUAG